GAAGAAACCCCGGGUUUUUUUCAAUGGGAAGCUGGCCUGUAUAUUACUCACAAGCAUUCAAUCCUAUCUAUGGAUACUGUUCACUCAAAACAACCACAUCUGCAUCCGAAGCUUACGAAGCAUCAUUAAGUGUUCCUGAAGGGCUUGAGCAUAUGGCUCCGCGACCGAGUUUUGUUAAAAAGGACCCGAAAGCAAAAAUCUGGUUAAAAGAAAGUUUUUUGGAGCAGUACGCAAUUAUAGCACAAGCCGAGGAAAGGUUUCGUUCCCAGUCUGAAAAAUCGAAUGGAUUGGGUACGAGUGAUGAAUCCAUUCACGACGAAGAUUUGAAUUCGGACAAUUGCCCAUGGAGAUACGGACUAACUGACGAUGCAGAUCGAAUCGUAGAUGAUGCGAUUAAACACUUUUACAAGAUAUUGGAAACCAUGGACUACGCUCUGACAAAUCUUUGGACGAGAAAUAGAAAACGACAUGUCCGGCAUGAUUCAAUUUUGUCCAUGGCAUAUAUGAUAGGAAUGCCGGAAAAUGUGAUUUCAAAUGCGAGAAAAAGAGUCGAAAGAGUAGUACUUUUUAAAAGGCCACACCCAAUUCCUGAAACGGUGGGUGUUAGAAGGACGAAGCGAAAAGACCUGCCCAAAACCCCCAAAAAAAAAUCUCGGCGUUCAGUAGUAGCUAACGAUGAGACUGGUGACAAUUAGUAUUGCGAACAAAGGUUUAAG